CACAACCAGUGGAAAGGGAGGGGUGGAGAGAGCGUAAUAAGAAGAGAGAUAGCCUGAGACAGAGAGCGGGACAAGAGUGGAGCGACGCGCCGGCUUGUUUACAAAAGGGCUCCACAUUCUCCGCCUGUCACAGGACAGAGAGAGAGAAGAGGGACAAAGAGCAGAGACAGAAAGGAAAGAUCUAGUAUAUUGAGUGAGACAGAGCGAGAAUCUAUGUGAUUUGGUGUGAAGAAAGGAGUUGAAAUGGUGCUGGUGCAGUUUCUCAUUGAGCUCUUUCGCUUUCUUGGAGGACGGCAACGCAUUCCACGAGUGGAGGACAGAGCAACCUCACCUGACAACUUUCAGGAUGCUCUGCUGUUGUUAGCCUCAGUGGCAGACUGUGCCUCUCUGAGAGAUGCUGCUCAGACUGCCCUCAGUGUUGUGUUGUCUGGACCAGUCACUGUCUAUACAUAUCUUCUGGAAGAUGGAUCCCUGAAGUGUGAAAACCCUGAGCAUGAGCUGCAGAGUGAGGGGGAAAUUAAAGAAGCUGUUGCUCAGCAGAGAAGAGCAGUAUGCAAUGGCAUUCCUCCAGCAGAGCUGCAUAAGGACCAGAGACCAAGCCUGGCCCAGCCACUGCUUGGACACCAGAAAGUUGUCAUAGCUCCUGUUAUGGACCAAGGAGAUGUCAUUGCUGUCCUUUUGAUCAGCUGUGGAGAGACCAGUGAUGAGAAGGACAAAGAUUUAGACUUGCUAGAGAAGCAUAUCACAGCAGCUUGUAAAAGAGUGCUCAAUCUGAAGGCCAACAGGUCGUUAAUGAGCCCACUGAUCAAUACAUCUGAGAAUCAUUCACCAGCUCCACUGCAUAGUGCAGGAAAUGGAGACCUGGCUCAGAAAGUCCUCCAGCUGUGUGGAAGUCUCUAUGAUUUGAAUGCUGAUACUGUCCAGCACAAAAUCAUUAAAUAUCUGGAAAAAGAGACCAAGUCUGUGUGUUGCUUUCUGCUGGUUUCAGAAGACAGUAACCAGCUGCUCUGCCAGGUGAUUGGUGAUAAAGUUUUGCAGGAGAUCAGCCUUCCUCUGGUCAUAGGCCCUUUGGGGAAGGCAGUGGAGGAGAAAAGGUCUCUCACACAACAAGACCUCACCACAAAUAUGGUCUAA